AUGGACGUCUCUGGUUUGUCUUCUGGGCAUGAAGCCCCUUGGAAGAAAAUGUCCAAAGAGGAGCUGGAGACUCAGUACAGCCCCAGCAGGUGGGUCGUCCGGCUGGGAGCAGAGGAGGCCCUGAGGACCUACACUGAGACGGGAACCCAAGCCACCAGACAGGCCCGGGCCACCCGGAGGAACCUGCUGCACGUGCCCUACGGCGAUGGGGAGAGGGAGAAACUGGACCUGUACUUUCCUGACAGCGCUUCAGAAGUUCUGCCAUUCUUCGUGUUUGUUCAUGGAGGAUACUGGCAGAGUGGAAGUAAAGACACAUCAGCCUUCAUGGUGGGGCCUCUGACGGCUCAGGGAGUGGCCGUGGUGACUGUGGGGUAUGACAUUGCACCCAAAGGCACACUGGACGUGAUGGUUGACCAGCUGACCCAGAGUCUCACCUUCCUCCAGACACGUUAUCCUCACAACAAAGGCAUUUACCUGUGCGGACACUCGGCCGGGGCCCACCUGGCCACCAUGAUGCUCCUGACCAAUUGGACCCAGCGUGGAGCCAUGCCCAACCUCAAAGGCUUCUUCCUGCUCAGUGGGCUGUAUGACCUGGAGCCCGUGCUACACACCCCGGAGAAUGUCCUGCUUGGCAUGACCCUGGAGGUUGCUCAGAGGAACAGUCCGCAGUUGCGCCUACAGGCUGCCCCCAAGCCACCCUGGGCCCCCACUGUCCGCGUGCUGGUGGUCGUGGGCCAGCACGACUCCCCUGAGUUCCAGCGACAGUCCAGGGAGUUCUUCCAGGUGCUGACCCAAAGAGGGUGGGAGGCCACCUUCCAAGAGCUCCCUGACGUGGACCACUUUGAAAUCAUCGAGAAGCUGACCCAAAGAGAUUUUAUGCUCAACCAGAUGAUUUUGAGAACCAUCUUCCAGCAGUCCUGA